UAUUAGCGCGCACCCGCAGAACUUUCGCCCCAUUUCUCUCACUCACUCUCUCUCCCUCUCUCUGUCUCUCUCUCAGAGCUCCAGCAUCGCCGAACAUCGCGCAAUUGUUUCUCUGUCGUCUUCUCGCACGACCAUCUACCACUCUCUCUCUCUCUCUCUCAUAUAUACACACACACACAUAUAUAUAUAUAUGCAGCAACUAUAACAGUAUGGAGCGGAGACGAACCGACAGCCCUGUUUAUGCCCGCCAAUGGACCAGCGAGUCCGGCACCACUAUCCCCGCCUCACAGUCUUCUCCGGCAAUGUCUCCGGCGCGUAACCGCCACGCUCGUUCCUCCUCCUCAUCCGGCAUCUCCAACAUCAAGCGCACUCAGAACUUUGCCGCCAAGGCCGCCGCUCAGCGCCUCGCUCAGGUCAUGGCCUCCCAGACCGCCGCCGACGAGGACGAGGACGAGGACGACGGCGACCUAGGGUUUCGGUACAGUGCUCCGCCGCCGCUCUCUCUUUCGAGGACCGUCAAAAGCGGCGCUACUAAACCUGCAGUUCCGUCUGCCAAGACCACUAGAUCUCCUUCACCAUCGUUGGCUCAGAACUUUGUAGAGGAAACACCGUCUGCCCGCUCCACAUCGACUGGAAGGCCGUCAAUUCGUCCUGCACCAUUGGCACCACCGAAUAAAACAACUCUAAGGACUGCGGUUUCUAUGCCACCCACGGAAACUCCUGUCAACAACUGGCAAAAAGAUUAUAGAUUCUUGUCAGAAACGGGACUAUACAAGUCAAAGGAUUCAGGAGAUCAAAAUGAGGCUUCUGCGCUUCGUGAUGAACUUGAUAUGCUACAAGAAGAGAAUGAAAAUAUUCUUGACAAGCUCAGACAUGAGGAAGAGAGGCAUGAGGUGGCAGAGGCCAGAGUUAGGGAACUUGAAAAACAGGUUGCUGCUCUUGGGGAAGGUGUGUCCUUGGAAGCUAAACUUUUGAGCAGAAAGGAAGCUGCAUUACGUCAAAGAGAGGCUGCACUGAAGGAUGCAAAACAGUCAAAGGGUGUGGUAGAUAAGGAAAUUGUGUCCCUGCGUUCAGAAGUUGCGAAUGCAAAAGAUGCAGCUGCAACAAUUGUACAACAGCUUCAAGGAGCUGAAUCUGAAGUUAAAGCUCUUCGAUCAAUGACGCAAAGAAUGAUAUUGACACAGAAAGAGAUGGAAGAAGUAGUUCUCAAGAGGUGCUGGCUUGCUCGUUACUGGGGCUUAGCUGCAAAACAUGGUAUCUGUCCAGAUAUUGCAGUGACAAAGUAUGAACAUUGGUCCUCAUUAGCACCUCUUCCAUUUGAGGUUGUUGUUUCUGCGGGACAAAAGGCUAAGGAGGAAUGUCGGGAAAAAGGUGAUGCUGAUACAGAGAAGAGAAGUAAACUUGUUCAGGACUUGAAUGACCUAACUGGAGAAGGAAAUAUCGAGAGCAUGCUUUCCGUUGAAAUGGGACUAAAAGAGCUUGCUUCCCUGAAGGUUGAGGAUGCUAUAGUGCUUGCAUUCCCCCAGCAGCGGCGUCCAAAUUCUGCUCGCCUAUCCAUUGCAGAUUUCAAAUCACCUGGUGAUCCAAAGUUUAUGGAGGCAUUUGAGUUGAGCCCGGAGGAGUCUGAGGAUGUUCUUUUCAAGGAGGCGUGGCUUACUUAUUUUUGGAGAAGAGCCCAAGUUAAUGGACUAGAGGAAGACAUUGCCAAGGAAAGGCUUCAGUUUUGGAUAAACCGCAGUGCGCAUUCACCUACCUCCCACGAUGCUGUUGAUGUUGAGCAAGGUUUGAUGGAGCUAAGGAAAUAUGGAAUCGAGCACAGACUGUGGGAAGCAUCCCGCAAAGAAAUAGACCACGAAUCUUCCCCUUCUAAUGCACGAAAAUCUCCUGCCCACUGAAGAAUGAAGAAUCCUCACCGUCCAUUCAAUAUUUUUGCUGUUUUUGCAUUUUAAUUAAAUUUUUAUUCCCUUUGUUUAAAGCCUUCUUAUCUGGCUGGCGUGAGAGGACUAAUUUGAUGCUCCCUGAACCCUGAUUCUCUCAAGAGCAGGGUAUUUACUAUUUACCUUUUCUUCCUUUUUUUUCUUCUCGAUUGUACUUUAUAAGAGGUGUAUAUUCCAUACAUAAGU